AUGGGUAAUCACACAUCAGUAUUUCUUCUCUUGGAAUUCUCAAGCAUUCGGGAGCAACAAUUUAUCUAUAUGGCUUUAUUCCUGAUACUUUAUGGAAUGACAGUAAUAGGGAAUGUUCUUGUUAUCAGUGCAAUCAUUGCUAACUACCAUCUUCACACUCCAAUGUAUUUCUUUGUAAUGAAUUUAGCUAUUCAAGAUGUUGGUUCUGUUUCAAUCAUUAUCCCCAAAGCUGUUUUUAAUCUUGUUAUGAAUAUAAGGUAUAUUUCUUAUUCUGGUUGUAUUGCUCAACUCUUCUUAUUUAUUUUCUUCCUGGGUUCUGAUAUAGCCUUCCUUACAGUCAUGGCAUAUGAUCGGUAUGUUGCUAUUUGCAACCCUUUACAAUAUGAAAUGAUAAUGAAUAGGAAUGCCUGCAUCACAAUGGUUGGCAGUGUGUGGAUUGCCAGUUUUCUCAAUGCUGUACUAAACACCUCUGAAACAUUCACUACUCCUUUCUGCUCUAAUAUUAUCAAUCAGUUCUAUUGUGAAAUUCCAUAUUUACUUAAGAUUGCCUGCUCUGAUUCAUACAUAAAUGAAAUUGGAGUUGUAAUGUUCAGUUCUAUAUUAGGUUUUGGAUGUUUCAUCUUCAUUAUUGUUACUUAUGUGAAGAUCUUCUCUGCUGUUCUAAAAAUCCCUUCAGUUCAAGGAAGGAAAAAGGCCUUCUCCACUUGCCUUCCACACCUCACUGUCUUUUCCAUAUUUUUAUUUACUGCCUACUUUGCUUAUCUAAGGCCCAUAUCUGACAAUCCUUCACAUCUUGAUUUUGUAAUUACAAUAAUGUAUUCUGUUUUCCCCUCCAUACUAAAUCCAUUAAUCUACAGUAUGAGAAACAAGGACAUCAGAGUUGCUCUUUCAAAAUUUCUUAGCCUGAGAGCAUUUCUUUUUUAA